CCAAGAGAGUGAGAAGGGCCGGCUUGGGAGCGCAGUUGCGGUCUUCCAGAGCUGGAGACCCACCCUCGAAUCCGGCUCUGGGAGGUCUAGUCCUCUCAAGGAACCUGUUGCAAGUGACAGGUAACUCUGGUAGCUGUCCUUGGUCAGUUCCUUUGAAUAAAGAGUAGGAAAAAAAGUAGACUACAUCAUGUCAGAGAUACUAGACCUCUCUUUCCUGUCUGACAUGGAAAGGGAUGUGAUCAUCAAUGUUCUACAACGAGAUGAGGAGCUCCGGAAAGCAGAUGAAAAAAGAAUUAGGCGACUGAAGAGUGAGCUCUUGGAGAUCAAAAGGAAAGGGGCCAAGAGGGGCAGCCAACACUACAGUGACUGGACCUGUGCUCGGUGCCAAGAGAACCUGGGCCGUUUAACUCCCAAGACCAACACUUGUAGGGGUUGCAAUCACUUUGUGUGUCGGGACUGCCGCAUCCAGGAAAGCAAUGGCACCUGGAGGUGCAAAGUGUGCACCAAGGAAAUAGAGCUGAAGAAAGCAACUGGAGACUGGUUUUAUGACCAAAAAGUGAAUCGUUUUGCUUAUCGCUCAGGCAGCGAGAUAAUCAGGAUGUCUCUGCGCCGCAAACCUGCAGUGAAUAAAAGAGAAACGGUGGGACAGUCUCUCCUUCAUCAGACACAGAUGGAUGAUAUCUGGCCAGGAAGAAAGAUUAUUCAGGAGCAACAAAAAGAACACAGUGUGCCUUUUGAAGUGCCGAAGUUGAAAAGUGGAAAGAGUGCAUUGGAAGCUGAGAGUGAAAGUUUGGAUAGCUACACAGCUGACUCAGAUAGUGCUUCAAGGAGAGACUCUCUCGAUAAAUCUGGCCUCUUUCCAGAAUGGAAGAAGAUGUCUUCCCCCCGAUCUCAAGUAGAAAAGGAAAUUCAGCCGGUGGGUCAAAAUGUAGUAUCUGUUGAUGAGGAUGAAAUGAUAUUCAAGAACACCAGAAAAAUCUUCAGGCCUGCAGAAUACACUAAAUCUGUGAUAGAUCUUCGUCCAGAAGAUGUAGGGCAUGAGAGUAGCUCCAUGGGAGACAGAAGCAAAUCUGUCCCAGGUCUCACUGUGGAUAUGGCAAAGGGAGAAGAGGAGGAGGAGGAGGAAGAGGAGGAAGAAGACAUUGACCAUUUGGUGAAGUUGCAUCGCCAGAAACUAGCCAGAAGCAGCAUGCAAAGUGGCUCCUCCAUGAGUACCAUUGGCAGCAUGAUGAGCAUCUAUAGUGAAGCUGGUGAUUUUGGAAACAUCUUUGUGACUGGCAAGAUUGCCUUUGCCUUGAAGUUUGAGCAGCAAACACAAACUCUGGUCAUUCAUGUGAAGGAGUGCCACCAACUGGCCUAUGCAGAUGAAGCCAAGAAGCGCUCUAACCCGUAUGUAAAGACUUAUCUUCUCCCUGACAAGUCCCGCCAAGGUAAAAGAAAAACCUCCAUCAAACGGGACACUGUCAAUCCACUUUAUGAUGAGAUCCUCAGGUAUGAGAUUCCAGAAUCUCUCCUGGCCCAGAGGACCUUGCAGUUUUCAGUGUGGCACCAUGGGCGUUUUGGAAGAAACACUUUUCUUGGAGAGGCAGAGGUCCAUAUGGAUUCCUGGAAGCUUGAUAAGAAGCUGGAUCAUUGCCUUCCUUUACAUGGAAAGAUCAGUGCUGAGUCUCCAACUGGCUUGCCACCACACAAAGGCGAGUUGGUUGUCUCACUGAAAUACAUCCCAGCCUCCAAAGUUCCUGUUGGAGGUGAUUGGAAAAAGAGCAAAGGUGUGGAAGGAGGAGAACUCCAGGUAUGGAUCAAAGAAGCCAAGAACCUGACAGCUGCCAAAUCAGGAGGAACUUCAGACAGCUUUGUCAAGGGGUACCUCCUUCCUAUGAAAAACAAGGCCAAUAAGCGUAAAACUCCUGUGAUAAAGAAGACCCUGAAUCCCCACUACAACCACACAUUUGUGUAUAAUGGUAUGAGACUUGAAGAUCUACAGCAUAUGUGCCUGGAACUCACUGUGUGGGAUCGGGAGCCUCUGACCAGCAACGACUUCCUAGGAGGAGUCAGGCUGGGUGUUGGCACUGGGAUCAGUAAUGGAGAAGUAGUGGACUGGAUGGACUCAACUGGGGAGGAAGUGAACCUAUGGCAGAAGAUGCGACAGUACCCAGGGUCUUGGGCUGAAGGGACUCUGCAACUCCGUUCCUCCAUGGCCAAACAGAAACUGAGUAUAUGAGGCCCUGUCAUCCUCUAUAGCUCCAGACCUGGCCAGAGCAAAUCAGAGGAAGUGAAGAAACCAAGAGCAAAGAUUUCUAAUUUAAGAUGUGUGUUGGAUGUUUGUAUAAAACAUGUAUUUCUGCAAGUGUUAGUCUGCUAGCUAGAGAUGCAGAUUUGUUCCUUUUUAUAGAAUGGGCUGAAGAAUAAAGGUCUCUUGAAAAUGUUUCUAUUUAUGCAUCAUCUAGUAUAUUAUCAGUUGUGUGUGGAAAGAGUAUAUAUCAGAGGAGAAAUCCUUUGCAGUAGAGCCAGAUGCUAGCUGUCUUGUAAAACCACUGGACUGAUGGUAACUAUUAGUGGCUUCUUUUGUAUGUGUGGACUGAAUGGAGGAAUGCUCCUAAAUAUUUAUUUGGUAUGCAUUGAUAUUUCAAUAGAAAGUAAAACUUGGAAUCCUGGGAUGUUACUAUGUUGCUUUCUCCUUCAAACAUGAAUGUGUGUUUCAAUAAAGCUUUUUCACUUGUCAAAUGUU